AUGACCAAUGAAUUUGAUAUGAGCAUGAUGGGAGAACUCAAUUUCUUCCUAGGCUUGCAAAUCAAGCAAACUGCAGAAGGCAUAUUCAUCCAUCAAGAAAAAUAUGCAAAGGAACUUGUCAAGAAGUUUGGGCUGGACUGUGCUAAGCCUAUGGGAACCCCCAUGCAUCCUAACAUCAAGCUCGAUAAAGAUGAACAUGGUAGAGAUGUUGAUGAGACACGCUAUAGAGGGAUGAUUGGAUCCUUGAUGUAUCUAACCUCCUCAAGGCCUGAUAUUAUCCAAAGUGUUGGAGUUUGCUCACGGUUUCAAUCAAAGCCUAAGGAAUCUUAUCUCUCAGCUGUCAAAAGAAUCAUUCGAUAUGUGCUUGGUACCACUAACUAUGGUUUAUGGUUUCCUAAGACUGAUUCUUUUCAAUUAGUGGGUUUCUGUGAUGCAGAUUUUGUUGGGGAUAGGAUUGAUAGAAGAAGCACAAAUGGCAUGUGCUGCUUUCUUGGGAAAUCCCUCAUUGUUUGGUCUAGCAAGAAGCAAGCUACUGUGGCACUUUCAACAGCCGAAGCUGAGUAUAUUGCAGCCUCUUCUUGUUGCUCUCAAUUAUUAUGGCUGAAAACUCAACUAGCUGAUUAUAAACUGAAUGUCUCUAAUGUUCCAUUAUUUUGUGACAACAUGAGUGCUAUUAACAUUUCCAAAAAUCCUUUUGUUAAUUCUGAAGGUCAGCUAGCAGAUAUUUUCACCAAACUAUUGAUAGAAGAGGGGUUCUGUAAGCUGCAAACUGAAUUGGGCAUUCUUGCUUCAUCUCUGUUUUCUUAA